UACAUGCACUCCACAGAAGAAGGGGACACAGCAGCAAAACUAGAAAAAAUGUUACAGGACGGUGCGAUAAACAGUGAGACAGACAGAUAAGAAUUUCACCUAACACAGCACAAAGAUGUACUAUAAUUUCAUUGCACUACCCCAUUAUUUUCAUUCCUAACACCCUCAUCAUCCUUGAAAUUUCAACACUUACACAUCUAUUAAAUUUAACCAUCCAUUGAGGUUUCAUUGUGCACCAGCUUUCAAUUUUUUUUGCUUGUGAAAUCCAUGGCCAAGACUAGGAGGGUCUGCCAUCUUCUUUUAAGGUUCUUAGCCUUUGCGGCAACGCUUGCAGCGGUGAUUAUGAUGGCUACUAGCCAUGAGACAGCUACCAUUUUCACAGUGUCCUUCGAAGCAAAAUACACCAAUUCCCCUGCCUUCAAGUACUUUGUGAUUGCAUAUUCUGUUAUCACUGUCUAUGGAUUUUUGGUGCUCUUCCUUCCUGCAAAAAGCUUGCUAUGGCAACUAGUGGUGGCCUUGGAUUUGGUGUUCACCAUGUUAGUCGUCUCAAGCUUCUCUGCAUCUUUGGCUAUAGCUCAGGUGGGAAAGAAAGGAAACAGUGAUGCAGGUUGGCUACCAAUAUGUGAUUCAGUCCCCAAAUAUUGUGAUCAAGCGACAAGAGCUUUAAUAGCUGGUUUCAUUGCAAUGAUUAUAUACAUAAUUCUUCUGUUGCAUUCCAUUCAUACUGUCAUAGACCCUCUCCUCUUGAGAAAAAGUUGAGCAACUUUUUAGGGUCAGAGUGUUAGAACAUCGAGAGUAGAGUUUGUGGUAGGUCAUUAGUUGUUCAACCAACAGCUUCAUUAUGCUUCACAUUAGUUUUACUUUUUACUUUUUUCUUUUUACUUCCCUUCUUUCUUGUAAUAUUUUCUUCGGCUGAAAUGUGUUUUUCAAUUUUCAUCCUUUAAAAUAUCACAAAUUUUCUA